UUGGAAGUGACAUAACAUUAUUUUGAUUUCGGUUAUUUUUGAUCCAAUAUUUCUUCAUGUUUUUGUGUUAAAAUCACAUGCUUUUAUUGUUUAGGCUUAAAGUCACAUUAAUUUGUGUCCAGUUAAUUAAAAUUUUGUGAUUUACUCUAAUUAAAUUGAUUUGUGAAGUGCAGUUUUAUUAUCCGGUGAAAUCGUAAAGUAUUAAAUUCAACAUGAGUCCAUCACCUCCCACACCAUUUACAUAUCCUUUCAAGAGGCCGUGGCUAAAGGACUAUGGUGCAGCUGCUCCUGUUGGAGGCGGAAGUAUUGGUCUUAAGGGAAUCAUAGCAGGGGGUAUAACUGGUGGUAUAGAAAUUUGUAUCACAUUUCCAACGGAAUAUGUAAAGACGCAGCUCCAAUUAGACGAGAAAGGAGAUAAGAAGAAAUACAAUGGUAUCGCAGACUGUGUAAAGAAAACUGUUAAAAGUCAUGGGUUCUUCGGUCUGUACAGAGGUCUUAGUGUAUUAUUGUAUGGUUCAAUCCCAAAAAGUGCUGUAAGGUUUGGUGCCUUUGAAAGUUUUAAGAAUAAAAUGCAAAGGCCUGAUGGCACCCUUAGCAUAUCUGGUAGAUUACUUUGUGGUAUGGGAGCUGGUGUUUGUGAAGCUAUUUUAGCCGUGACUCCAAUGGAAACUGUUAAGGUGAAAUUCAUUAAUGACCAGAGAUCUCAAACGCCUAGGUUUAAGGGAUUUCUGCAUGGUGUAAAGAUGAUCGUCAGGGAAGAAGGUAUUGGUGGUGUAUACAAAGGAGUUACAGCGACGAUAAUUAAACAGGGUUCUAAUCAGGCGAUACGAUUCUUCGUUAUGGAGACUUUAAAAGAUGCUUACAAGGGAGGCGAUCGUGAUAAGAAGAUUCCUAAGAUAGUUGUAGGUGCUAUGGGUGCUUUUGCAGGUGCUUGCUCAGUAUACGGAAACAAUCCCAUCGACGUUGUGAAGACCCGUAUGCAAGGUUUAGAAGCGAAAAAGUACAAAAAUACCCUUGACUGCGCCGUUCAAAUAAUGAAAAACGAAGGUCCCCUAGCUUUCUACAAGGGAACUGUGCCCAGAUUGGGUAGAGUAUGCCUGGACGUUGCCAUAACAUUUAUGAUCUAUGACAGUUUCAUGGAAUUGUUUAACAAAUUCUGGUAAAGAGAUUUUAUGAGUUCCUUCUGGCAUCUUUAACGAUUGUGUGGAGCUAUAUAGUCACAUUAUUUUAGCGGGAAAAGUAUAUUUGACUAACAUAUAUGCAUUUAUAGUUUGUUAAACGUGACACUUUAUUUAAUUUUGAGUUUUGUCUAAUAACAUUGCAUUUAUAUGCAAUUAUAUUUUAUUCGUAUAUUAUGUUGAUUCUACUGAAUAUUUGAUAUUUUUAGGAAUAAACCACAAAUAUUACAAUCGCAAUUGUAUGUCUCGAUAUUCCGACUUCCAGUCGCGAAAUUGUAUUAAAAUACAUACUAAAUAUAAAAAUGAUACAACCUCUAAAUAUAUCAUUUUAUAUUUAAUAAUUUCUUUUGUUACGCUAUAUCUUGACAGAGAUUCAAAACCUAAAAACACGUAAUAUAAAUUUGUGUGCUUUAUUCUGAAAAAAUAUAACACAUUCAGUGUAGAACAAACCACCAUACUUUCAUAACCAUGUAUUAAUUUUAAUUUCUAACUUAGUUACAUUUGUGGAUGUAAAUGUUCUUUUGAGAGAAGGAUCAAGUAAUUACGCCCAAAUAAAGCCAGAACUAAAUCUAAAAUACUGCUGAGAGAAUGUAGCAGUAGAAAUAGUAUUAACUUGUAUUCAUUCAGCUUGUCCAUAUUCAUUACACAUUUGACUUUACUUUAUUAAAUUAUGAUUGUUAAUCGUACUCCUCCUCAAGAUCACUUCUCAAUCAUCCUACUUUAGAAAAUAUAUUUUAUCGUCUACUUAGCCUUUAUUUUUUAUAAUUGAUCUUUUUUGCGUAAAAAAUUAUAUAUUUUGUGUCUCUCAAAAAUAUUUUACUCUUGUUAACUAUGUUAUAUAGUUUGUUAAACUUUCAAAUAUCUAUUUGAAGAUAAAGACUGAAUAUUACGCCUAUACGAAACGAUAUGAUGCCUUUGAAGUUUUUGUUGAAAUAAUGUGACUGUUAGCGAUAAUGUUGUUCGUAAUAAUGCAGUAAGGCUGUAUCAGCUUGUAACUUCAGUACGGUACAAUGUUAUUUCGAAAUAAAGACUUAAGCCGUAGCCAUAACAUAUUACGACCAAUAUAGAAGGGAAUGGGAACUACAUUGUUAGCUAGUUUAGUAGAGUUUUACAAUACCUCAUUAAGAUUUAAUUUAUGCCAGUCUUAGAUGGAUAUUGUGUACGCUUGACAAAUUGUAAUUUGGAUAAAAUCUAAAAACUUGGUAUGUUUAUUCUCUAUGGACUUCUCUUUUAAUUAUGUAAGGGAAUGUACCCAGUCGUACUAUCAAUAAAAUAAUCAAUAAACUAAAUGUAUUUGAUGUAUACAGAGUUUCUUUUUCACAAGUAUCUUGUUUGAUACUUAACUUUUGUUGUAUGAUAAUAUUAAACGCUAAAAUUCAGUUAAAAUCAUCUUUAAACUACAAUUUAUAUUGCUAUUUUUCUGACAGUAUGUUCAUGACCUCUUUUUCGGUUGUGUUUAAUAUUUGUGACUCCUAUUAUCAGUUGUUUUGCUAAUUCUAUCAACCUCUGCUCUCGUUACAUGUUUGUUCAUGUUUCUUCUUUGAUACGUAACAAUGUCAGUUGUAGAAAAGACAGUUUUCUCAAUUUCACUUAUGUUCAUGCUUUUAUUGCACCAUGUCAACAUUGUACAGAAAUAAAUACAAAAUCGAUGAGAUUAGCUCAGUAGCUAUGGAUAAAAUAAGAAAUAUCAAGUACUUUGUUUGGCUGUAUGUGGCAUAAUCAGCCAAUUAAAAAUAUGCACGAUGUUUUGAGUCUGCCAAACACAGCUUAUCCCAUAUACCUAUUUUUGAAUUGAACCAAUCAAUAUCAAAACCAAUCUUCACUACAUCAACUGUAUUCUUUUUCUCAUGAUCAUCUUUCAGUGCGUCACAGUUUUUCGAUUUCUUUCUAACGCAUUAAAUUGUAUGUGACAGAAAAAAGGCACGUCCGUGAUUACAGACAUUUACAACAUUUAUUCUAGUUAUUCUAGUUGUCGAUAGAUGGCGCCAUAAUAAAAAAAAUAAUUUUUUUUUAAGUAGAUAAUAAUAUUACAAAUCCACUAGGAAGAAUUUCCUGUAGCUGGCUGUAUACCAUUAAUUACAAGUAAAAUUUAAUAAAAAAUUUUGGUCUUGGUAAAAGGUAUAUUAUUUUAAAAAGCCCUAUAGGGCUACAAACAUCGAACAGAACGUUUUCGCUCUAAAAAGAGCAUCAUCAGUGUUGCCUAAAAUAAGUAUAACCAUAUUAAUUAUCAAAAUGUUGAAUUUAAAGUGAUGACCAAGGUAGAAUCAAAGUUUGGUUAUACUUACAAGAACAUGGUGAGCCAACCAAAAAAUACGAAGGUCAAAGCCUUUCAAAAAUGGACUAAAAGUCACAUCAAAAUGCUAACAUAGCAAAUUCCAAAGGAUGGAUAUAAUCCCUAAGGAUAUGGCCCUAGGAUAACAUAUGACUCCCACACGUUGUAAGUGGGUCAAAGGUAACAAAUUAGGUCAUUAUGUUACAAGAGCUGACAGGCAACUAAGAUAUGAGAUAUCAAAAGCGAAUCUGUCUGAUGUCAAGACAGCAAUUGUCAAUGGAACUUGAAGUAUCAUGAAAAAUUGGUUACACAGCUACUAAAUUUAUAGUUGUUUAUAGUACAAGCAAUGAUAACAGCUAACAUCAGUGUGUUGGAAUUAUAAAAAUAAAGAGUUAGUGAGAAUAGAUUAUCUAGAUGUAAAAUAGAAGGGGGGAAUUUGAGUACCCACAAUCAUCAAUGAAGUGUACGUAAAUUGAUGAAGAAAGAUAGGCAAAACAACAUACAGAUAGUGUAAUGUAUGGUUUAUGUUUUGAAAUUAGAUAAUUUAUAUUUGUGAACCAACACAAAUGAUGGCUGAGAGGCUGGCUGAAAAACUAGAGACAAAAUAGGGGUCGUGAUAUCAAAUGCUGAAAAAGUUGUAAAUGCAAAAUCUUAUUUAUAAAUUAAUAAAAUAUAGAUGGGUUCAUCAACACAAAUUUACAAGACUGAAAAGGUUGUAUUACAAGCUUAGUCCAAAUUUCUUUAUUAUGUCCUUUUAUGUUAAAUAACAUCUAGGGCAAAGAAAAAUUAAUAACUUGGAUAAAAGUGUCUAAGCUACAACUAAAGUGGGGUCAGAUGAAGAUAAGUGUUGAGUAAGAUUAUUGAGUAUAUGAGAAAAUUAAAAAUUGUGUUUAUUUGAGAUAGGUGAGUUUGUGGUAUAUAAAGUAAAUUUGACAUCACUAUUGAGACUAAUUAACAUUAUUGAGAGACUGGGGACUCCAGAGACCAGGCAACCAAACAAACCAAAUGAUGAAUGAAAGGUUGGCUGAAUGGAAUAACUACUAGAUGUGUGAAACUUGAAAGAUAUAUUGUACAGUAUUAUUGGUUGAUUUAGUUUAGAAUGAAAUAGUUAUGAUUGGACCCUAAACGAAAAACGGUUUGAAAAGAUGAUGUGGAGAGAAUGGGAUAUAUAUUGAAUAGAUAUAGUUGUGUACAAGUUGUGACAAAUGGAUGUUGUGGAUAUAGUUGAAAUUGCUUUGUUUGGGAGAAGAAAAAUUUUUUGAAGAAAGGAUUAGAUGAUUAUCUCUCAACUCAAUUUCUCACUCAAUUUUCGAUAAUCAUCUAAUCCUUUCUUCAAAAAAUUUUUCUUCUCCCAAACAAAGCAAUUUCAACUAUAUCCACAACAUCCAUUUGUCACAACUUGUACACAACUAUAUCUAUUCAAUAUAUAUCCCAUUCUCUCCACAUCAUCUUUUCAAACCGUUUUUCGUUUAGGGUCCAAUCAUAACUAUUUCAUUCUAAACUAAAUCAACCAAUAAUACUGUACAAUAUAUCUUUCAAGUUUCACACAUCUAGUAGUUAUUCCAUUCAGCCAACCUUUCAUUCAUCAUUUGGUUUGUUUGGUUGCCUGGUCUCUGGAGUCCCCAGUCUCUCAAUAAUGUUAAUUAGUCUCAAUAGUGAUGUCAAAUUUACUUUAUAUACCACAAACUCACCUAUCUCAAAUAAACACAAUUUUUAAUUUUCUCAUAUACUCAAUAAUCUUACUCAACACUUAUCUUCAUCUGACCCCACUUUAGUUGUAGCUUAGACACUUUUAUCCAAGUUAUUAAUUUUUCUUUGCCCUAGAUGUUAUUUAACAUAAAAGGACAUAAUAAAGAAAUUUGGACUAAGCUUGUAAUACAACCUUUUCAGUCUUGUAAAUUUGUGUUGAUGAACCCAUCUAUAUUUUAUUAAUUUAUAAAUAAGAUUUUGCAUUUACAACUUUUUCAGCAUUUGAUAUCACGACCCCUAUUUUGUCUCUAGUUUUUCAGCCAGCCUCUCAGCCAUCAUUUGUGUUGGUUCACAAAUAUAAAUUAUCUAAUUUCAAAACAUAAACCAUACAUUACACUAUCUGUAUGUUGUUUUGCCUAUCUUUCUUCAUCAAUUUACGUACACUUCAUUGAUGAUUGUGGGUACUCAAAUUCCCCCCUUCUAUUUUACAUCUAGAUAAUCUAUUCUCACUAACUCUUUAUUUUUAUAAUUCCAACACACUGAUGUUAGCUGUUAUCAUUGCUUGUACUAUAAACAACUAUAAAUUUAGUAGCUGUGUAACCAAUUUUUCAUGAUACUUCAAGUUCCAUUGACAAUUGUUGUCUUGACAUCAGACAGAUUCGCUUUUGAUAUCUCAUAUCUUAGUUGCCUGUCAGCUCUUGUAACAUAAUGACCUAAUUUGUUACCUUUGACCCACUUACAACGUGUGGGAGUCAUAUGUUAUCCUAGGGCCAUAUCCUUAGGGAUUAUAUCCAUCCUUUGGAAUUUGCUAUGUUAGCAUUUUGAUGUGACUUUUAGUCCAUUUUUGAAAGGCUUUGACCUUCGUAUUUUUUGGUUGGCUCACCAUGUUCUUGUAAGUAUAACCAAACUUUGAUUCUACCUUGGUCAUCACUUUAAAUUCAACAUUUUGAUAAUUAAUAUGGUUAUACUUAUUUUAGGCAACACUGAUGAUGCUCUUUUUAGAGCGAAAACGUUCUGUUCGAUGUUUGUAGCCCUAUAGGGCUUUUUAAAAUAAUAUACCUUUUACCAAGACCAAAAUUUUUUAUUAAAUUUUACUUAAUAUUACAAAUAUAAUUUGUAUAAUUUAUAAGACUAUACAAAUCAAAGAAAAUACCAUUUUAUAAAUGCAAGAAACACAUUUGAUUUGUUUUUAUUACAAAUUGAAAAUAAAAUGUGACAACUGUCAGAUUUAACUAAAAUGUCAUGUUAGAAUAAAUGUCAUAAAUGUGUAUUAUCACGGACUUACCCUUUUUCCUAUCAUUUGUUACGCACUAAAAAAUGCUCAUGAAAAGGACAAUACAAUCGUUUUACACUGUUUUCUCUUCCAAAGGUAUGCUUGCUUGACGUUUAUGUAGAAUAUCUUUUGUUAUAUUUUCAUAAAACUACAUAACUUAGAUUUAAACUGUAAAUUUACAGAUUAUAUCUAAUAAUUUCUUGGUUUAAAAUUUUUGAAGCAAAACUUCUUGCUGAGGCGAGCGUCACGAGCGAAAAAUAAGUCAUUUACGCGACGAGGGGAGUCCGCUAUACAACAUGUAAACUGUUUCCAAUUCAUUAAAAAAUAUAUAGGAAGUAUAAAAUAUAUAAUAAAAUUUAUUCAAUUUUAAAAAUAUAGAAAACAGUAUGAAGCUUUGCGCUUGUACCGCCUACUGUACCACUUUUUUUUAAAUGACUUCUGCAUUAAUUGUUUUUUAAGACACAAGAAAACAGUUUCAGAAAUUCUUUAGACAACUUGCGCUGCCAAAAUAAUAACGAAAGAAAAUAAAUAAUUUUUCAAUUAUAAUACCAAGUUUUUAGAGUUACUGCAAGAUUUAUAAAUAUAGAAGUAUGUACAUUGUUCUACAACAAUUUUAGAUAUACAUAUUGGAUUGUUUUGAAAAAUCUAGAUAUAUUUCUUUAUUAAUCUAUUUUUACAAAACGAAAAUGCAUUUAUGUAGGUACUAAGAACUGCCAAAUUGACCCUAUUUUUAUACUUUUUCCAAAAUCAUGUUCUCUGAAUGGUAAAUAAGGCUUGAAAUCCUUUUAUUAUUUAUUUUAAAUAUUUAUUUUUUAAUUAUUUUAUUCCUGAACUCAACUACAUGUCAAACUUUUUGGUGUGCUGGGUUGUUUUAAUUUUUAUGUAUGUUAUCCAAAAUGUUUAUAUUAUUUGUUAUUCAUUUAAAGUUUUGAAGUGUAAUUAUUUUGUUUGUUAAAAUAGCACUGAAAACAAAUGACACAGUAAAAGAAGUUUAAGAAUAA